GCACACAACCAGUAUUCUACAAACAUGACCUUUAACCUCUAAACACGGCAGCUCCUGUCACUGAAAACAGUCAAGCAAAGUACAAACGAGAACUUGACGGGAAACGAUGUUUAUUCUGCGAGGUUAUUCAGUUAAUUCUAACCUACCCGGUAUAUAGGACUUCCAUUCAAGUGUAGAUAUUAUUCGUUGGUAUGCUAUAGCCAGCCCAAAGCUUUUGAGAGGCGUAUCACUAUUCUUUGGCCUAAGUGUUUCAACCCUUUCAACCAAGCUGUCUGCGGUGGAAUAGAAAAGACCUGGAACGUAUAGUUGUUCCCUGGAUUGGUCAAGCUUGAUCUCUUUAGUUUAUUGCGCUAUACAUUCACCACGACAUUCACAACACCAGACCUGCCUAAUAGUACGUGUUACAUCAGAUCGACGGUGGACUAUAUACUUUUCCUGGAAGACGAAGAAGAGCUUGGUCCUGGUCUUGCAACUGAAGAACCUGUUCUCAAUUACGAAGAUGGCCGAGUUCUGCGUUCGUGUACUCGCGAAGGGGAAACCCCUGUCUCGGAUCGCUUCGGCAAGGGGAAUCUUGGGUAAUAACUAUGCUGUUACGUCAUCGCAAUCAGUCAGACACGGGUCAGCAUAUUUCAAGACUAUCUUUCCAGUCGACGACCAAACUAUCAUGAAAGAGGGCCCUGAAAGAAUUCGUGUUAUUCGUAAAAAUGAAGAGCAACACUCGCCCACACAGCAGUACAGUGACGUCACAACAAUUUACGAGGGCUUUCAAAGAGGGAAAAGAGUCUCAAAUGGCGGACAAUUCCUCGGUCAUCGGAGUGGGCCUGGGCAGCCGUAUCAAUGGAUAACCUUCUCACAGGUGGAAGAGAGAGCUCGCUUGUUUGGUUCAGGGUUGGUAUCUUUGGGCCACGCCCCUGGUAGUGAGACGUUUAUUGGUAUCUUCUCCCAGAGCAGACCUGAGUGGACCAUCCUGGACUUUGCGUGUAUAUGUUAUUCCAUGGUCUCUGUACCUCUAUACACGAGUCUGGGAAAGGACGCACUCAAACAUAUAGCAAAACAAACCAAUAUGUCGGUACUGGUUUGUGACGUCCUGACCAAAGCGGAAUCUCUGUUGGAAGAUGCAGCUGAUAUACCUCAUUUAAAGACCAUAGUGGUCAUAGAUCUACCUCGUGAAGGCGCGGAAGAAACCAAACGCAGAUUCGAUGCGGUGGGACUUAGGCUUUUGUCCUAUGAUGACGUCAUCGAAGUAGGAACAUCUAAUCCUUGUGAUCUAGUGGUACCGAAGCCGACAGAUCUGAAUACGAUUGUGUACACAAGCGGAACGACUGGAACACCUAAAGGGGUCCCACUCACACAAAGUCAUCAUAUUGUGAACCACGCAUACGUCCACUCUACCUUUGACGUUCCUUCCUUUGGUAGUCCAGAUGAUAUCCAUAUAAGCUAUCUACCUCUAGCCCACGUUUUCGAAAGGGGUAACAUGUACCACGGAAUGAUACAAGGUUUUCAGGCUGGCUUUUUCCAAGGCGAUCCCUUACUUCUGCUUGACGACCUUCAGACAUUAAAACCUACCGUCUUUUUCGGUGUUCCCAGGAUCUUCAAUCGAAUACAUCACCAGGUGACGUUAGGAGUAGCCAAUAGCAGUCCAGUGAAACGUUUCAUCUUCAAUUUGGCUUAUCAACAGAAGCUGAAAAACCUUCAAAAAGGUAUCGUGUCAAAUGACACAAUCUGGGACAAAGUAGUAUUUAAGAAGAUCCAGGAUAUCUUUGGCGGAAGGAUACGCUUUUUGUUUUCUGGUGCAGCUCCCAUCUCGGCGGAAGUUGCUACGUUCUAUCGAAUCACAGUGGGAUGUCCGUUUUUCGAGGGUUAUGGACAAACAGAAACCACCAGCGUCAUCAGUCACUCAGUCGACAUCGACAUGACGUCAGGUCACGUGGGUGUGCCGGGAGGUGACAUGGAGGUCAAACUGAUCGACGUCCCCGAUCUCGACUACCACGCCAAAGACGAUCAGGGCGAGAUAUGUGUCCGUGGAAAGAAUGUAUUCACAGGGUAUUACAAGGAUCCUGAGAAAACAAAAGAAGCACUAGACGAGGAUGGAUGGCUGCAUACGGGUGAUAUAGGCCGAUGGAAUAAAAACGGCACGCUCUCGGUCAUUGAUCGUAAGAAGCAGAUCCUGAAAUUGGCACAGGGUCUCUACGUGGCGCCAGAAAAGAUCGAAAAUCUAUACACCAGGCUGCCGCUCCUCAUGCAAAUCUACGUCUAUGGUGACAGUAUGAGAGAUUUUAUCGUAGGAAUAGUGGUUCCCGAUCCACAAGAGAUAGAGAAAGUAGCUAAAUCUGUCGGAGUUACUGGAUCGUUUGAAGAACUGUGUCAAAACAAGAAAGUGACAGAAGAAGUCUUGAAAGUACUUCAGCAACACGGGAAGGCAGAAGGACUUCAGGGCUUUGAGCAGGUACAAGCAAUAAGUCUCAACCCCGAGCCGUUUAGCGAACAGAACGGCCUGUUGACGCCAACGCUCAAGUCGAAACGAACGGAGAUGCAAAAGGCAUUCCAGGAACAACUCGACGAACUCUACGCGACGACAGACACAACGUCAUAGCCCAAUUAAACAAUCUCUCAUUAUAAUCAGUUUCAAUAAAUAUGUUCAGUUUUCCAAUCUGAUUGCUGUUACCAUAGAUAAGCUCAAUCAAUAUCUCUUCUCUGGUUGGGGUGUAAGUUCAGCUAAUUCAGCAAGUGUUCGUUGUCAGUUUGUCCUCGAAUUGUGUAAAAAUAUGGGCAAAUUCACUUGUAAUUGAACACGAGGCAUUCCAUUCUGUUGUUCAAAAUGAAGGAUCAAACUGUUUUGCUUGGAGG